AUGCUCAGGAGAUUACAGCAGGUGAUGGUGCUGCUGAUAGACUGGUGUUAUAUUACAAUACAAACCAUAAUUCCUGUUUCACAACUCCCCUUGUGGGUUUUAAGGAGCGCUGGGGCGGUCCUGCCCCAGAGUAGGAACAGGACGAGCACAGAGUGCAGAGCACAGAGUACAGGGCUGUGGGAGCAUCGCCUGCCCUGGCUGCUGGGCACAGGGCACACACAGCCUCCCCCUGCCCUGCUCUGGAGGAUAUUUGCUGGGUUUCUGCAGGCAGAAGGACCACGCCAGAGCUGGAUGAACAUGGACUCAGCCUCGGAGCGGCUGCACGGCAGAGGUCCCAGCACGAGACACAAAGCCUCCUCAGCAGUGGAGUCCUUCAAACGUAUUGGCAUCCUCGUCCUGGCCGUGGUGCUCACCUUGGCCUUCCUGGUUGCAGUUGGGUUCUUGGUCAAGGUUUACCUGGACUACCACUACUUGUUCUGCAAACAGCCCCUGAAGCUGGUGCCGCUGCAGAAGGUGUGUGAUGGGCAGGUGGACUGUCUGCAGGGUGAGGACGAGGCCAACUGUCCCCAGUGGGUCCCUGAGGGGCCACUAGCUGUGGCCCGUGUUUCCAAAGACAGAUCCAUCCUGCAGGUGCUCAACAGGAACACUGGGGCCUGGUCCUGUGUCUGCCCUGACCGCUUCGACCUGGCGCUGGCCAAAGCAGCCUGUGAGCAGAUGGGCUACAGCAGCAUUCCCAUUUUCCAGGAGGUGGAGCCAGGUGAGGGGCAGCCCCUGCCUCCCCAGGAGGUCAUGCUGAGCAAUGGGACCCUCCAGGUGCUCGUGCCUGGCCGGAAAUGCCUCUCUGGGUUGGUCGUUUCACUCUUUUGUUCCAGCUGUGGGCAGAGUGUGAGGACGCCACGCGUGCUGGGAGGGAGCCCUGCUGCCAUCGAGGCCUGGCCCUGGCAGGUCAGCCUGCAGUACAAGAAGGAGCACAUCUGUGGGGGCAGCAUCAUCGACCCCAGCUGGGUCCUGACAGCUGCACACUGCUUCAAGAACAACCCCAUCAUCCAGAGCUGGCGCGUGCAGGCUGGCUCCGACCUCCUCCUGGGCACCACCACCCUCGCCGUGGACAAGGUCUUCCUGGCUGAUGUGACACCUGCCUCCCCCAGGGAAAAUGACAUUGCCCUGGUGAAGCUGAGCUCUCCUGUGCGUGUCUCAGACAGCGCCAAGCCCAUCUGCCUGCCCUAUUUUGACGAGGAGCUGGUGCCAGGCACUCCCCUGUGGGUGAUCGGCUGGGGCUACACAGAGGAGCACGGGAGGCUGUCGGAGCACCUGCAGCAGGCAGAGGUGGAGCUCAUAGACGAGCGGAGCUGCAACCUGGUUGCCUAUCACGGGGACGUCACCGAGAGGAUGCUGUGUGCUGGGCUGCCCCAGGGAGGGGUGGACACCUGCCAGGGGGACAGCGGUGGGCCCCUCCUGUACUCAGGAGGGCACUGGCAGGUGGUGGGCAUCGUCAGCUGGGGCCAGGGCUGCGGCUGCGGCACCCCCAGCACACCAGGUGUCUACACCAGUGUCCGUGCCUACCUCGACUGGAUCUCGUCCGUCCGCAGG